AUGGGACGACGGCUGGCUGUGUGGGCUCUGGUGGCGGCGGUGCUGCUCGGGGCAGUGCUCUGUCUGGCCCACGGACGAGGGACGAGCGCCGACACGGCCAACAGAGGAGCGCAGGAGGAGAGCGCCUCCAAGGGACCACAGCCCCCGCAGAAGAGCGAGGCUGCAGGCAAAGCUUCUGAACUGACCCAUGGAGUGGACGGGGGACCCUGCCAAAGGAAGUUCUGCGGCCGGGGACGCCAGUGUGUGGUGGCGCUGCGGACGGGUCAGGCUGAGUGCGUGUGCCAGGAGAAAUGCCACCCCACGUUUGUGCCCGUGUGCGGUUCCGACGGCAGAUUCUACGAGAACCACUGCGAGGUGUACCGCAGCUCCUGCCUCCUGAAGAAAAGAGUGUACGUGGUGCACAGCAAGGACUGCUUCUUCAAAGGUGAAUCGUGCACCAUGACGGAGUACAACAAGCUGAAGGGUCUACUGCUGGACAUGCAGCCCGCGGGCCUGGUUCUGCGCGAGGAGGAACGCUACGGAACCGGGAUGGAGCAGAAGCGGGCCUUGGUGGACGUCAUGUUCAAAUACCUGGACCUGAACGGGGACGGGCGCCUUGGCAGUGAGGAGCUGGCACAGAUCUCCACAAAGGAGCACCUUGAGGACAGCCUGCUGGAGUGCACCAUGCAGGACCUGAUCCGCUACGACGACUACAACAACGACAGCCACCUCACGCUGCACGAGUUCUACACCGCCUUCCAGGUCAUUCAGCUGAGUCUUCCAGAGGAUAAGAGAUUAAGCAUCACCACGGUAACAGUGGGCCUGAGCACAGUCCUCUCGUGUGCCAUUCAGGGCACUCUGCGGCCGCCAAUCAUCUGGAAAAGGAACGGCAUCAUUCUGAACUUCCUGGAUCUGGAGGAUAUCAAUGACUUUGGCGAUGACGGCUCGCUGUACAUCACCAAGGUGACGACCAUUCACAUGGGCAACUACAGCUGCCACGCGUACGGUUACGAGGACCUGAGUCAGACCCAUGUCCUGCAGGUGAAUGUGCCCCCGGUGAUUCUGGUGUACCCCGAGACCCAGGCCCAGGAGCCCGGGGUGGCGGCCAGCCUGUACUGCCACGCGGAGGGCAUCCCCAACCCCAAGAUCACCUGGCUGAAGAACGGCGUCGACCUCCAGCCGCGGGCCACCAAGCAGCUCUCGCUCGUCGCGAACGGCAGCGAGCUUCACAUCGGCAGCGUGCGCUACGAGGACACGGGGGCCUACACCUGCAUAGCAAAGAAUGAAGUGGGUGUGGACGAGGACAUCUCCUCACUGUUUGUGGAGGACUCUGCUCGAAAGACACUUGCAAAUAUACUCUGGCGGGAGGAAGGGCUGAGCGUGGGGAACAUGUUCUACGUGUUCUCCGAUGAAGGGGUGACCAUACUGCAGCCCGGAGAGUGCGAGAUACGCAGGCGCAUAAAGCGCUCCGAGAGGAUCGUGGCCAGCUACGAAGAGAUGUGCCCCAAAAGCGAGGGCAUCACCCCCCAGCACUGCGUCUGGGCGUCCGCCCUCAACGUCCGCGACAAGUACAUCUACGCCACGCAGCCCCUCCACAACCGCCUGCUGAUCAUCGACACGCAAGCCCAGAAAGUCGUCCAGGCAGUGGACACAGACCCAGUGCCUGUCAAGCUGUUCUAUGACAAGUCCCACGACCAAGUCUGGGUACUGAGCUGGGGUGACCUGCAGAAGUCUCAUCCCACAUUGCAGGUGAUCUCCCAGGCGAGCGUGGGCGAGGUGCAUCGCGUGGUCCGAACGCCGUUCCAGAGGGUGGACGACUUCUUCCUGCCGCCGACCAACCUCAUCAUCACGCACGUCAGGUUCGGCUUUGUCUUCUUAAAAUCUGAACCCGCCGUGCACAAGAUUGACCUGGAGACCUUCCACCGCGUCAAGAGCAUCAGCCUGAAGAACUACAGCUGCGUGCCGGUCAGCAUGGCCUACACACACCUGAGUGGCUACUACUUCGUCCAGUGCCAGGGCCGCGACCGCGACCGCAGCGGCGGCGCCAUGCCGCAGCUCCUCAUCGACAGCGUGACGGACACGGUGGUGGGUCAUAAUCUGGACGUGUCCGGCCGGCCCUACGUGUCGCCGGACGGCCGCUACGUGGUCACCCCGGACGAGCGCAGCGGCAAGAUCCGCGUGCAGACGGUGUCCUUCCGCGGCGAGCUGCGGCUGAGCCAGGAGCUGGACGCCGACAUGCGCGUCUCCGACCUGGUCUUCCAGCCGUCCUUCGCCGAGUCCAACCGGUACGCGGCCGUGGCCUCCUCGGCGUCCGGUGCCAGCCUGCUGUUCUCCGACCUGUCCGCGGGCGGGAGCGUGCUCCUGGGGGGGCUCAAGGGGCCGCUGCCCCCCCACAGCUGGCCCUGGAGCCGGGCCAACCGCGCGGUGGCGUCCAGCGGCCUGUUCGGACAGUUCCUGGUCACGCCGUCGGCCGAGUCGCUGUUCGUGCUCAACGGCAAGACGAGCAGCUUGCACUGCGAGGUGUCAGACGUGAAGCGCGGCAACACGCUGGUGUGGGUGGGGGAGGUAUGAGCGCAGCAGCCUGGAGCACCAGCGGUCAGCCUGGACUACUGAACACUGUUACGAGAUCGGAGAGGACUCAACCCCCCCCCAGGACUGAGCGCAAUGAAAGACCACCUGUGUGUGUGUGUGUGUGUG